AUGUGCACCUCUAGCGCGACCCUCGUCUACGGCAUCACGCUCCAGGCUCUCGAGCUCUGCCUCGCCGGAGCGGCGUACAAGGCCGUCAAGCCCGCGCUCGUCGCCGUCGACCUCGUCCGCGCGAGAAAGGCCAACGGCACGCUCCACACGAGCACGCCCGAGCGCCGUGCGACCGUCUGCGCGAUUCCUGUCGAGAUCUGGGACCUCGUCGAGCGUCACGUCACGCGGCAGGGCUACCUCCAGCAGUGGCUCAACGUCGAGAACGCCUAUGACUGGUCCGACUCCGACUGGCCCGAGUCCGAGUACGACGGUCCAAGCGGCGGCGACAGCCUCAAGUUCGUCGGCGCCUUGCAGGGCGAGAUGUCUUUCGACAGCUUCAUGGAGGACGGUGGCGUCCGCUCGUAUACCGACGACUGCAGGACGCGUGUCGUCGACAUGCUCGAGGCGUUCGGGCUCUGCCUCGCGACGGUCGACUUGAUCAGCAAGGAGGAGAGCUCGUACUUCGACUUUGCGGCCUCGUGGGCGGUCGGUAUCCCUCUCGUUCGCGACGGCGACAAGGCCAAGGCGUACCCGCACGUUCACGCCGAGAUCCCGCACGAGGCGGACCCCUCGCACACCCUCGUGCGCAUCUCUCCCUCGACGUUCGACCUCCCGACCAACGCGCCAGUCCGCUUCCGCCGCCUCCUGUCGAGCUUCCCCGCCCUCGUCCCGACCUCGCACACGACCGGCACGAUCCGCCCGCCGCCUGCGAGGCCGCCGAGCUCGUCGCAAGUCGAGCGCGAUGCCGAGAAGAAGACGGUCAAGGCGAAGCUGAGCAAGGAGGAGCGCCGCGAGCAGGAGAAGGAGAAGAAGCCUGCACAGCUCAACAGCACCGAGCGCAUCUACCUGUACCUGUCGAGCAGCUUCAAGGACCACAUUGAGCGCCUCUUCCAGCGCAGUGAGCCCGACACGCUCCUCCUUGUCCCCCUCCUCGACCCCGCACCCGCCGCGAGCCACAUGUGCACUGCGACGGCGACGCUCCUGUACGGCAUCACGGUCAAGGCGAUGGACUUCUGCCUCGUCGCCGCAGCGUACAAGCGCAGCCGUCCCGCCCUGCUAGCCAUCGACCUCAUCCUCGCGCGCCGUGCCAAAGGUCGCCUCGAGGUCAAGGACUCGGUCACGACCGACGUGCGCGCGUUGCCUGUCGAGGUGUGGAGCCUCGUCAGGGCCGAGCUCAUCGACAUGGCGUUCGACAGCGCGUGCAAGCGCUUCGAGAAGCGUUUUGACCUGCACAAGCCGAAGGGCACCUGCUGCGACGCGGUCGGCAAGGUCGGCGGCCGCGUCGUCGACACCUUCAACUGCGACUGGGCGAUAGAUAUGCUCGUCGAGAUGGGUGUCACGGGCCUGAUCGAUCGAUACCGCGAGCGAGUCGCGCGACUUCUGGCCGACUUUGGCCUUUGCCUCGCCUCGAACGGUCUCAUCAGCCUCGAAGAGUCGCCCUGGAGCGACCUCGACUCGGCUUGGGCGAUCGCGAUUCCUCUCGCCCACGGCGCCGACCGCUCCUUCCCGGCCGUCAAGACGCCCCUACGCCACGAGUACGGCGCAGCUCACGCCCUCUCCGCCAUCUCGCCCUCGACAUUUGUCCUCCCCGACAACGCCAACGCCCGCUUCCGCCGCCUCCUCUCGACCUUUCCCAUCCUCGAGCCCGUUUCGCUCACGACCGGCACGAUCCGCCCUCGCGCCGAGCAAGUCACGGCGCCAGCGCUCCAGCCCGACGACAUGAACGACGACGAGCGCGAGGGGGAGCAGAUGAGCGACGUGCAGCGGCGCGAGCACAAGCGCGAGGCGGCAGCGAUGGCGAGGAGGCUCGCGAGCGAGCCGAGGUGGAUGCUGUGGACCGAGGGGGACUCAUGCAUCUAG